AUGCCUGUUUAUUCCUUCUAUAUCUUUGACCGUCAUGCGGAGUGCAUCUACAAACGCCGCUGGCUUCCUCGCCCAACCUCUAUCGUGGGGAAGUCCUCACGCGCCACGGACGCCCAAGCGGGCCCGACAGGACUAGGCCAGACCGUCAAUGCGAGCGACGAUGAUGCGAAAUUAGUAUUUGGCACAGUCUUCUCCUUGAGAAAUAUGGUGCGCAAUUUGGGGGGUGAAGAGGACAACUUCGUGUCCUACUCCACCAGCCAGUAUAAGCUUCACUACUACGAGACACCGACAAACAUCAAAUUCGUAAUGUUGACCGACCUGAAGAGUCCCAGCAUGCGCAUCGCCCUGCAACAGAUCUAUAUCAACUUAUUUGUGGAAUACGUCGUGAAAAACCCGCUCUCCCCGAUCGAACAUCCGGGCGGCGUGGGCGUCAACAACGAGCUCUUCGAAGAGUCAUUGGAACAGUUCGUGACUCGCGUUCUUGCGUGA